ACUGGACUGGUCCUGCGAGGGAUUUCAUGAGUGGCCUUUUGUACAUAAACAGUUCUGGGACAAAGCUCAAGCUGGAUAUUGGGAUCUUCAAACAGAAAGUACCAACAACCUUGAUAGAAGCGAGCUUCCAUCUCAGGUUCAGAUGGAGCUGUAUGGAACUAAGAAGCACAUGAUCCAUCACCGUCUGAGGCGACAUAUUGUACCGAACUGUGAGAUUAAAGACCAAUAUGGAACUUGUGAGGUGUGUGCCUACCCCUAUUAUCUGUAUGAGAAGUUCUGCCUGGCGUCCUGUCCACCUCAUCAUUACGAAGAAGAUGGAAACAGGAGUCGUCCCUCUCGCACCUGCGUUCCAUGUCAUCAAACGUGCAACACCUGCUACGGUCCACUUAACACACAGUGUCUCGCCUGUCCCCCCUUCUCCACCCCUGACCCAAAUGAGGGUACCUGCAAGUACGGCGAGUACACCUGGGAAAGGGCCAGAAGGCGGCAGGAGCCAGAGAUGUGUAUCAUACUGACACUGUUUUUUGUGUUGCUAUUAAUAUUGACAACAUGUGCUACUGGUUUUUUAUACAGAAAUGAUGAUGCCCAGACUGAAGCCAUCGCCAUUGAGAUGGUGGAGAGAAGUCAUGUAUGA